AUGCCACUAUCACCGAAUUCACCACCGAACUCACCACCGAACUCACCACGACAAAACCCACCACGUCGUCGUAGUUCACUCAUUGGUCAGUGGGACACAACGACGAAAGUCGUUAAUGUUAAGAACAAAUAUUAUUCCACUUCUUCCGACAGAUACACCGCAGUUCAGAAAGCUACCUUUACAAAAUGGGUCAACAUUCAAUUACGCACAAUUCAUGUGGAUGAAGAGACUUCCCAAAAAAUUCCAGAAAUUAAGGCAAUUGAUCGUGAUUUCAGAGACGGAAAAAGAUUAAUUCAAUUGCUUCAUGUCUUAUUCGAGAAUGAUCCGGAAUUACCAAAACCCGAGCGUGGCAGAACGAGACAUCACUAUGUUGCAAAUGUUAACAAAGUCUUGCAAUUUUUACAAACGAGACUUGACGAUUCAGCUUUAGCAGCUUUGCAAGCGAUUGGUCCCGUGGACAUUGUUGACGGCAACGUUAAAUUGACCUUGGGUUUAAUUUGGUUGAUGAUCUCAAAGUUUCGCCAAAUGGUUGGCGUUUUCGAGGCAAUGAAUGAAGGGGCAUUUGGCGCCGAGGCUGAAGCUAAUUCCAGCUCAACCAAAGAUGCAAUGGGAGGAGGUGCGAGUUUACACGAUCACAGUUGGUUGGAUGUUCUUGUUGAGCGGACCGAACUACCAAUUUCACCAGUUAUUGAUUUUUCCGAUGAACCCGGUCAACUUGAGUCACCCAUGGAAUACAGAGAACAUAACCUAUCCCAAGAUGAAUGUCGGCAUGAUCAAGAUUCAUCUCUCAAUUCUUAUCAGGAAGAUCAUGCUCAAGUUUCAUCAAUCGAUUCCCGUAAAGAAUUUGAACAUCAUGAUCAAGAGUCUUCUUAUGAAAUAUCUAUGGAAAAUAAACAAGUCCUGCGAGAAGCUAAUGUUGAAAAUUCAAAUUCGAAAGAAGUUCCCGUAAUUACCCCAACGAAGACGGAUGAUAAAGGAAAAUUAUCAACUCGAACUAAUUCUAGACGCGUCCCUACACCACAAUUAUCGGUCGAUAAACGCCUGUCACUUCCUCCAGGUAGCUUCCUUGGUGUAUCUAACAACAAAAAAGUUCAGGCACCACCAGCCAGAUUUAGGACUCUCAGAUUGGAUCAUUCUACACCUAUGAGCUCUUCUUCGGGUAUACUGUUUUGGAUAAACAUGCAACUUAUCGAAUACUCUGCAAUAUUACCUCCUUCUUCAUACCCUGUAGAAGACUUUACUGGAAUGAAUGAUGGGAUUAUAUUGGCCACAUUAAUUCAUCAUACAAAUAACGAAUGGCUCGAGGAUUAUGAAUUGUUAAUUGGGAAUGAUGAAGAGCGUAAUGGCAAAGAAAAUAUUAAAAAAAGGCUAGCAAGAUGUUUUUCUGUAUUAGAAGAUAAGUUUAAUAUUUCAAGCCCAAAUACGUUGGUAUCAACGUUAAUUGAUGGAGACGGUCAAAAUGUGGAACGUCUUAAGAGGACAGGAUUGGCAUGGAGUGUAUACAUGUCCGAAGUAUUUUUGGCAUUGUCAGAAAAACAUAGGAGAAAGAGCACUUUAAGAGGAACAAAAAGACUGGGGAAACUAGGCGUUAUUAAUGACGUGAAGGUACCUGUCUUACCAGUGGAAGAAGUGAAUCCUGUCAAAAAUGGGCGUAAAAAAUCUCGCGGAUGCUUGCCUAUGUUAUAUUCCACAGGACAGAUAUCGCCCAUGCCACCUUGGUCUCCCAAGGCAUCCUUGCUUUCUGCUAUAUUUGAGUUGCUUAGCGAAUACAAUUAUGACUGCAGCGAUAGUGAAGACGAUAACGGACAAACGCGUGAACGCGAAACGAGAACCAUUCGUGUUGGAAAAAAGAGAUCCGACGGAAGUUGGAACAUUCAAGAUGCAAGUGAAUGGAAGAAAAAGAACGAGUCGUUAAGUGAUAACGAAGAUGUACCUAUUCAACUAUUGACCAACGUGCACCAACCUGCUCUUUACAUGCACUGGAGUUAA